AUGGUAUUCUCCUACGUCUCAGUUCCUACAUGGAAUAGAGCAAAUGAGUCUUCCCUGUCCAGCAGGCAAGGUAUGAAAAAUGAGAUCUGUCCUAACUUGAAGAAGAGCUCGUGUUCCUUUGAAUACCCAGAGUUAGACAUUUUAGGAAAUUAUACAAUUAUUGUAGAGGCACAGAAUGCUCUCGGCAAAGCCUCAUCUGAUCCUUUAGACCUGGACGUUUGGCAUACUUGGAAAACUGAUCCACCUUGGAAUGUAACCACUCACUCUAUCCUGGGUCAAUCAAGGUCUUUGCUUGUAACAUGGUGCAAACCUAAAAUGGCACCACCAAAACUUCCAUUAUACUAUAGUCUCCAAUACCAAAUAGUUGGUACAAGCAAAUGGAUUCAGAUAAAAGAAGAAACAAUUAGUAACACUUCAUUCGUACUUAAGAAUCUCAAAACCUUCACCAACUAUACAGUGGCCGUGCGAUGCAUUGGUAAAGACCAAAUUUACUGGAGUCACUGGAGCUCAAUGGAAACUGGAGUAACCCCUGAAGAUAAGCCAUUAACAGGACCAUCCAUUUGGAGAAUAAUUAAAACUCUUGAUUCUGAGGGAAAUAGAGAAGUACACCUUCAGUGGAAGGCAUUAAACAGGUCCAAAGCCAAUGGAAUCAUCUUAGGAUACAGAGUCUGGUAUGAGAAAAGAAGGGAUCGAACAGUCAUACAACAGUUUAAUACAACAUCCUUGAAUUCUUCUUUGCUCCUGAACCACGAUGCGUACAUUAUAACUGUAAUUGCAUAUAACUCAGCUGGUGAUUCUCCUAAAGCCACUUUGAAAAUUCCAGCAGUAAACCAGACGGAAAAUCUUCCAGCUGUUCAAGAUGUUAGAACUACAUCACAGAAUAACCAACUGCUCGUACACUGGAAGACUUCAAGGCCAUCUGAUAAUGGAUAUGUCAUUGAAUGGUGUUUGAUUUUGACUGCAAGCCCAUGUGCUGGGCCAUUACACUGGCAACGUGAGCCCAACACUUCCAAAAUGACCUACUUACAGGGAGAUUUAGAAAAAUUUAAGCGCUAUAACAUCUCUGUUUAUGCUGUGUACACUGAUGGUCCAGGAAAUCCAUUCUCAAUGCCAGUAUACCUACAGCAAGAUAUUCCAGAAGUAGGCCCAAUUAUUGAUGCUCCACUUGUGAGAGGUACAGAGUGCACAGUUAAAUGGCAUGAAAUCCCAGUGGAAAAGAGGCGUGGAUUCAUCACCAAUUACACCAUCUUUUACAAACAUGCAAAAGGCGAAGCUGGUGUAACAGUGAAUUCAACAGUCCAUGAAUAUACACUGAAAUCUCUGCAGAAGAAUACUGACUACACAUUUUAUGUUAUGGCAUCCACAGAGAAGGGAGGCAUAAACAGCACGUUGAGUUCCUUCACAACAAAUGCUCUUGGGCAAGAAGAUAUCGUGGUGAUUCUGGUGCCUGUUCUCGUCGGCUUCCUACUAUUAGUAAAUGUCUUGAUAAUCUGCUUCAACAACAAGCAUAGGAUUGCAAAACACAUUUGGCCUGAGGUGGCAGAUCCAGCAGGCAGUAGUUUGGCUGAUUGGUUUCAUGAACACCAAUAUAAGGUAUAUUUUUCUCCCUUUAUGUUUUUGAUUUGUGGUAGUGAGUUUAAUUUAGUACAGAAACAGGAAAUAUUGGAAAUACUCAGAGCGGUGCAGAUGGUCAUUGGUAACUACCAGAAGGAAAACAAGGCUGACCUGCUGCUUCACAGCUAA